CUUACACUAUAAAACAGCAACAAAUCGACUUUUCAUCAGUCACUCGUUGAGAAGAUUUCAACAAUUCAAAAUGCAAAAAAUCGUAAUCAUCGCCGUGUUGGCACUUGCUUCAGCCGCCCCUAAAGAUCUUCUGCCAAAACCGGAAGAUCGUCAAAGAGAAACGAAAUGGCACUUUGAGGACCCGGGAGUCCUCAAUCUCCAACACCGUGAAAAAGUCUUAGAGAAUGGCAACCACCGAGUUGAUGCAACUGGAAAAUUCGAGAAAAAUUUCGUCAACAGAGAUGCCCCAACUGUGCUUGGAGGAAGAGUAGAUUAUCAAAAUAAGCCCAGUAAUACUGCUUUGGGGGUAGAAGCACUCAAUGCGGGCCGUUUUGGCACUCAAGUUGGGGUUGAAGCAACACGAAAUCUUUUCAAAGACAGAAACAGUGCCUUGGAUGUUGGGGUUAACUAUGGGCAGCGGUUUGGGGGACUUGGGGGAAGGAGCGAACCCGUGUUUGGGGGAUUCAUCAGAGGAAAAUUUUAAUAAAAAAUGUUCACUUAAUAUUAAUAAAAUAAGAAACGUAUUUUUAAUCAAUUUUCUAAAAAAAUAUUUAUUUUUUAUUUUUUCUAAGUAGAUUUUUCGUAAAAAAAGACGGAAACAAUUAAAAAAAAAUAAAGUGGAGAAACGUGAAGAAUUAAAAGAAAAAUGAAAAAAAUUACUAAGAAAAGAAGUGGGAAGACUAAAGCGUCAAUAGAUGUUUAAAAAAYGAGAAGCAAAAAAAACGAAAAAAAGAGACAUUAAAAAAAAAAGGAAAAACUAUUAAAUCAUAAUGAAUUACAAAAGGAAGUUACUUCUGAAGUUGGCAUCCAAUUUUAUGCACUAAAAUUUAUUUGUUAUUUUUGUUAAGCUAAUUGACUUUAAAAUAAAAAUUUGACAUUGA